UGCAUUCGGAUGUUUGAAUUCGCCGUCACUUUUUCAUGUAAUACCUGAGAUUCCGUUGCGAAACAGACUCAUGUGAUUCAUCGAAUGAUCAUCGAUCGUGGCACCCGUACGGAAUUUCUCCGGUCGAGGCGGUCGUUCGUUUGAAAUUCGAGAACAACGAGCAGUUUUCGAACUGACAGAAAUCCGCAUCUAACUUGCUGCGUGAACGCUACGCCAUCUUGAUUAUUCUCACACUCCAUUACGUCGUUUUUCCGAAGUCGAUGCUCCGAUUCAACGACUUCACCGUGGUUAUCGAUAAUUCGUUCGAAAAUUAUCCGAAUCCGAAUUCGAACGAAAUAAUAAUGCAUGCAUGAGAAAAGGGUGGUUUCGAUGUUGUACAUUUUUCUGUAUAAGAAACGAUACAAGUGGUGUGGAUUUUACCGUAUAAACUAAUAAUUUCAUCGAACAUGUUAAGGAAAUUUUAAAUCGAACGGUCGGAGAACAUUUAGCUGACGUAAUUUCAAUCUUUCGAAUAUAAAUUGUGACUUCUCUUGGUACGUACGUUACGUGCAACCACGGAACGGGUCACAGAAUUUUAAGUUUUCCGCGGAUUUUUCAAUGGCUUUGACCACCGUUGUGAAUUUUCCCAAUGGCGCAUGCACAGCUCAGCUGUGUGCAAUCGCGAGCAAUUUAUUAGAAAAAUAAUGUAUUUUACAGUAUUUUUAUCGAAGUAGAAGGUGUACUGGACACGGUAUUCGUAAUAUUAGGAAACAUGGACUGCCCAUCUAGUAUUGCAACAGUGCUUAAAUUCUACUCACACUACAUGUAGUCUUUCGUUCUGCAUUGCUUUUGAUGCAUCGCACGGGACAAUACAUUUUUGAGGCAAAUUACUUCUUAGCUUCGAAUCAAAGAAAUGGAUGCAUUGAGAGACGAAGACAGGCGCAGGCGCCUGAGGGUGCUGGAAGAUCGUAUAAGAGAUCCAAGAAGUGUUACAAAUAUCGAUUGCCUGUUGGAUACAGUCCAAGCCUUGGUAGCAGAUUGUGAUCAUCCUAGUGUAAAACGAAUGAAGAAUAUAGAAGCAUAUAUGAAUAGAUAUGACUCGGUGGCUCAUGAUAUUUGUAAAAUGCGAAUGCGCAUGGAUGAUUUCACUUUAAUAAAAGUGAUAGGCCGUGGGGCAUUUGGGGAAGUACAAUUGGUACGACAUAAGUCUACGCAAAAAGUGUAUGCUAUGAAGUUACUCAGUAAAUUUGAAAUGAUCAAAAGAUCCGAUUCAGCCUUUUUUUGGGAAGAACGUGAUAUAAUGGCACAUGCAAAUUCCCAAUGGAUAGUUCAACUGCAUUUUGCGUUUCAAGAUCAAAAGUAUCUCUAUAUGGUGAUGGACUAUAUGCCGGGCGGCGAUCUAGUAAACUUAAUGUCUAACUAUGAAGUACCAGAAAAGUGGGCGACAUUUUAUUGUGCAGAAGUGGUGCUUGCACUAGACGCAAUACACCUGAUGGGAUUCGUUCAUCGCGAUGUAAAACCAGAUAAUAUGUUGCUCGAUAAACAUGGUCAUUUGAAACUUGCCGAUUUUGGUACUUGCAUGAGAAUGGAUAGUGACGGACUUGUUCGGUCUGAUACUGCAGUAGGUACACCUGAUUAUAUAUCACCUGAAGUACUUCAAUCUCAAGGUGGUGAAGGUGUAUAUGGAAGAGAAUGUGAUUGGUGGUCAGUUGGUGUGUUCUUAUAUGAAAUGCUUGUUGGUGAUACUCCUUUUUAUGCGGACUCAUUAGUUGGAACAUAUUCAAAAAUUAUGGACCAUAGAAACUCACUACACUUCCCCCAAGAAGUUGAUAUUUCCCAUUCUGCCAAGAAUUUAAUAUGUGGUUUUCUUACGGAUAGAACAAAACGUCUAGGAAGAAACGGUGUGGAUGAGAUUAAAAGACAUCCGUUCUUCGAGAAUGACCAGUGGACUUUCGAAAAUUUACGAGAAUGCGUGCCACCGGUCGUACCUGAGCUUUCUGGCGAUGAUGAUACGAGUAAUUUCGACGACGUUGACAAAGAGGAUGGACCGGAGGAGAGUUUUCCGGUACCGAAAGCAUUUUCCGGGAACCAUCUACCGUUUAUCGGUUUCACGUAUUCGGGAGAUUAUCAGUUGAUGGCUUCUAGUGGCAAAGAGUCUGUAGACGGGUUAGAAAAUCAUAUCAAUAACGGUACAAGCGAUGAUAUUAAGAUAUCUCAAUUAGAAAAUUUAUUGGAUCGAGAAAAAAGACAAGUGGAGUCCUUGGAAUCGAGGCAGAAAGCUUUGACGAUGCAAUUAGAAGCUAUGACACGUCGGGAGACGGAAUUGCGGGAAGAGAUUGGUAGAGCGAACAAGGAACUGACUUUACUACGACAUAAUUAUAAAGAAGCACAACGUAGAGUAGAGCACGAGACAGAAUCACGUAGGAAGGCCGAGUCAUUAUUCGUAGAAUUGAAAAAGAAAUUUGAUGAAGAGCAAACGAAGAGGGCACGCGACGCGAGCAAUUCACAGCAAACUUCUGAGCGUGUCGCAAGUUUAGAAAAACAAAUCAAAGAGAUGCAGUCGAAGUUGGAGAGAGAAACGGAAACGGUAACGAGACUGCGGAAACAAGCUACCGAAAUUACUGUGGCCCGACAGGCUUCGGAACAAAUGGCGAACGAACUGCAGGUGGCAAGGGCACAGUUACAGACACAACGAGAUAAUUUACAGCAAGAAGUGGCUACGUUACAAGGACAAUUGUCGAAAGAGCGUAGUUCUCGAUCGCAAGCGUCGUCUUUAACCGCAGAAUUGGAAAGUCGUUUGUCCACUCUUCACCUAGAACUUGAACACAGUCGAGAGAAAGAAGAAAAAGCGAUCUCGGACAAUAGACAAUUAACAGAAAGGAUUUCAGCAUUGGAGAAAGAAGCUGCCAGUUUAACUCUUGAACUAAAAGCAGCGCAGGCCAGAUACAAUCAAGAAGUGGUGGCUCAUCAAGAAACAGAACGUUCUCGUAUUUUGUCUAAAGAGGAAGCGAAUUUAGAAGUUGUCAAAGGGCGAAAGAGUAGAACAAUUGAAGCUAAAUUAAAUGAAGAGAAAAGUGGAAGACAACGUGCCGAAUUGCUUGCACAAGAGAAGGAGCGACAAACGUCUAUGCUUUCUGUGGAUUACCGACAAAUACAACAGAGACUGCAGAAACUGGAGGGUGAGCAUAGGCAAGAGGUAGAGAAGGUAAAAGUAUUACAGGGUCAGGUCGAACAGGAACAGCAGAAAAGAAACGUUCUGCAGACUGAUUUGGCGCAACAGUCAUCCGAAGCUGGACGAUUACGUGCAAGGGAGCAACAAUUGGUUAGCGAAGUUGCUCAAUUGAGAGAAGCAAAACGGCAAAUAGAAGAAGAAUUGCAUCACUUGAAAACGCAGAGAAACGUGGACCAGUUGCAGACGAAAGAGUUGCAAGAGCAACUAGAAGCGGAAGCUUACUUCUCGACCCUUUAUAAAACUCAGACACAAGAACUUCGCGAGGAGCUUGACGAAAAAUUGCGGUUGCAACAGGAGUUAGAAGAAGAGCGCAGCUCUCUGGUGCAUCAGUUGCAAUUGUCGCUGGCUAGAGGAGACAGCGAAGCUUUAGCAAGAUCAAUAGCCGAGGAAACCGUGGCGGAUCUUGAGAAAGAACGAACAAUGAAGGAAUUAGAAUACAAAGACGGAGUGGCCAAGCACCAUCAGGAACUGAAUUCUAAGGAACAGGUCAUAAAUCGUCUGAAAGACAGCGAAGGUGAGCUUAAGAAGAACGUUGAUCAGUACUUCAAAGAGAAAGAUGACUUGAGCAAGCGACUUAAGGAGUUACAAGAUCAACUUACUAAAGCACAGUCGAACGCCGAAGACAUAGAUAAACUUAGUAGUAAAUUGAAAACCGAGCAACUGUUGAAGCAACAAGCGGUGAACAAAUUGGCGGAGAUUAUGAACAGGAAAGAUUUGUCAUCGAGCGGUAAGACAAAGAACAAAGCGUCCGCGGCAGACCUGAGGAAAAAGGAGAAAGAUUGCAGACGUUUGCAACAAGAACUUACGCAGGAGAGGGAAAAGUAUGGACAGUUGGCAGCUAAAUGGCAAAAGGAUUUGCAAGAUCUACAGGCACAAUUGGUAGAAGAAAAUCAAGCGAAAUUAAGGUUACAAAUGGAGCUUGACUCGAAGGAUUCAGAAAUAGAAACGUUGCAAAUGAGGAUCGCGUCGUUGAAUUCGGAGACUGCCAGCGUCUCGUCAGUCGAGAAUGAUGGGGAGGAUUCUGUCUUAUCGGAACACGGUACCAUGAGGCUGGAGGGCUGGCUAAAUGUGCCAAAUAAACAAAAUAUUAAAAGGCACGGGUGGAAGAAGCAAUACGUUGUCGUCUCUUCGAAGAAGAUAAUAUUUUAUAACAGCGAGAACGAUAAGCUGAACGCCGAUCCAGUUCUGAUAUUGGAUCUAAAUAAAGUCUUCCACGUUAGAUCCGUUACUCAUGGCGAUGUCAUUCGAGCCGAUGCCAAAGAUAUUCCGAGAAUUUUUCAGUUGUUGUACGCUGGUGAAGGCGAGGCAAGGCGUCCUGGUGACGAAGGAAACACAUUGCCUGGCGUGGAACUGCCACAACUUACUGACAAGCCAGGCACACAGUCGUUAAAAGGCCACGAAUUUGUUUCUAUAUCUUAUCAUAUGCCGACGACUUGCGAAGUAUGUUCGAAACAGUUGUGGCAUAUGUUCCGACCACCGCCGGCUCUCGAGUGUCGAAGGUGUCACAUAAAAGUGCACAAGGAGCAUUUGGACAAGAAGGAGGAUGCCAUAGCACCAUGCAAAUUGCACUAUGACCCGAACAGCGCCCGUGAAUUAUUAAUCCUAGCUGGUAGUCCAGACGAGCAGAAAUACUGGGUCGCAAGAUUGUCUAGACGUGUACAAAAAUGUGGCUAUAAAGCGAAUUCUCACGUCGAUGGCACGGGCCAACGUGUCUCGCCAAGAGAGUCCACCAGAUCUACCUUGAAGCCAUAUUUAUCGGUGCAACAACGAUCCGCGACGCUGCCGGCGAACGCUAGCAUGGGCAAGUGACCGUAACUAGCGGAAUAAAUUCGAUUAGACGCUCGUGCGCAUUGAAUCUUUUUUUCUUUUUUUUGGUUCGUAAAGAAAAAAAGAAAGAAAAAGGAAGAAAGGAAGGAAGAGGGUUCGCCCGCGCGAACCCUCCUCCGCCCCUCACCCGGAACUCGAUUUUCGCGAGUGGUGGUCGGGUCUCCACGGAUUUUGGCGACGGUCGAUCGGUGUGAUGUUUUGCCUCUGGUGUCGAUCGUUAUCAGCAGCUAGCUCGUUGGUUGCGCGCGGGGAAUAGAGAGCGUACAGGGUAUAGAAAAAAAGAACGCGUCACUGACACUGCUGUAAAAUUUGCUCUCGUCGGCCACGGAUAAGAGGACGGAGAACGGCGGAGAGACGACCCUUUUCUCCCCGUCGAGGAUCGCGCUCGUGCAUAGAAGAACAAGAACAUUUCGUUGCACGUCGACAAUACCGUCGCGAGGGAGGAACACUGAGUCCGCUGUUACCCGCGUCGUACUAUCAUACUCCGAUAAGAAGUACGCGUUCUUAUCGAGUGUGACAGAGAGAUCCGACAUGUAGAGAUGAUUUUUAAUUCAGCGCUCGCUGCGUUCGACGCGACCAUUAGCCGUCGGGCAAGCAGGUAUAAACAGAUUAUAUUUGUGUUUAGGCCGCGCUUUUCUUUUUUACACCUUUCGAGCUGUCCGACCGAGGACGCGUUAAUCGUUCCUCCGCGAUCUUUCACGCAAGAGCAGAGUUGAUUCGACGUAGAAACGGGUCGCAGAGUCGGGCAAGCAGAGUAUUUAGCGGUGCUCGAAAUACUCUCCGUCGUCCAUUCCGACCCCUAAGAAGCCCCACGGUAGAUCACGGCCUGCGGUAGUAUCAUCGGGAGAACUGUAUCGAAUAGUUUCGUCGCGUCUAAUGGUCUCUUUUUAUUUAUUCUCGCUUGCCGUUCGCUUAACCGAAACCCCAUCCCCCGAACACUUGGCCGAGCGGGAGGAGAACUCGGGAGAGGAGCUCGGGAGAUCCAAGAAAUCCCGUGCGAAGCAACGUUGCUGGUAGGAGAGCUAAUCGAAUAUUGCUGGUAGGAGCGAACUAUUCGCCGGAAGAAACGCGACGACGCGAGUCUCGUAAGUCUGCCAAAAAAUUCAUUACGUUAACGUUAGUUGUCGCGAGAUCGAGAACAAAGGCUCGCGAAACGACCGGGGCUGUCGCAAUUGAAAAUUCGAGAAAUCGCGGAUCUUAUACGGAACGUUCCUUACGGAUUUGAGAGUAGAUUCUACGGCGAUUUCGAAGGGGGGGAAAAAACCGGUGAAAAGACAUAAAUCGUUGCCGCGAGAUCGGGAACAAAGGCUCGCGAAACGACGGGGGCUGUCGCAAUUGAAAAUUCGGGAAAUCACGGAUCUUGUACGGAACGUUCCUUACGGAUUUGAGAGUAGAUUCUACGGCGAUUUCGAAGGGGGGGAAAAAACCGGUGAAAAGACAUAAAUCGUUGCCGCGAGAUCGGGAACAAAGGCUCGCGAAACGACCGGGGCUGUCGCAAUUGAAAAUUCGAGAAAUCGCGGAUCUUAUACGGAACGUUCCUUACGGAUUUGAGAGUAGAUUCUACGGCGAUUUCGAAGGGGGGGAAAAAACCGGUGAAAAGACAUAAAUCGUUGCCGCGAGAUCGGGAACAAAGGCUCGCGAAACGACCGGGGCUGUCGCAAUUGAAAAUUCGAGAAAUCGCGGAUCUUAUACGGAACGUUCCUUACGGAUUUGAGAGUAGAUUCUACGGCGAUUUCGGAGGGGGGGAAAAACCGGAGAAAAGAUAUAAAUCGUUGCCGCGAGCCAUUGGAUGAUAAUCUUCGCAAGCAGCGCGCGGUGACGAGGGAUCGCGCCGCGUCGUUUUACACCAGGUUUUCCACGGGCCCGGAGAACGGAUCGAAUUUUUAUAGCGAUUUUUCUUCCCAAGGACGCUUGAACACGAUUUCCCCGUUGUAGAUACGUUUCGAUUAAACAACCGUCGUCGGUCGAACCGCGCGACUCGUCCGCUGUUUUCGCGACGAACGUCGUCGAGAGAAAUUAUUUAACGAGUAUGCGGCGUUCGCAUCACCGGCGAUUAGUAUGUCGAAACCCUAGAAGGACCAAACAUUGAUCAGCGCGCGCGGCCAUUUCGUCUCUUUCGCCGAGUUUCUUUCGAUUCUUCGCUCUCGAAACCGCGGUUUCGCAGCGAUCUCACGAAAACAUAAGCGACAAUAAAUCAUCGUUUCAUUAAUUAA